ACUUACGAUGACGACGCGAGAGGAACCUUUGCUGAAGGAAGAGCGGCUUCAUACGGGCACGCGUGGACCACCGUUUGAUUUCGAUGGGUUCGCCAACCAGGUUAAUGUUGGCGAUGACAUUGAUGCACUCGACUGCGAGCACAAUUGGCGUAGAGCCCGUGCUGUUGAAAUCGCGGAAGAUGAAGUGAAAGUCCAUUACCAGGGAACACAAGCCAAGUGUGACGAAUGGAUCCCGCGUAGUGGACGCAGACUCGUGCCUCGCGGCAUGAACGCACCGAAAUGAUUCCAUGAUGGUUGGUCAUGAUGGCCGUCAAAGCGGUGAUGUGUCGCCGAUGGAACAUUUCAAGCCUAGCAUUGAAAUGGAGCCAACAAAAGUAAAUCUGACGCAUUUGCACUAAGUUCACAAUCGAAUAAUAAACAAACG